AUAAGAGAAAAGGAAAAAUUUUAAGUGAUUCUGUGUGUGUAUUGCAAGCGAGAGAGAGAGAGAGGGAGGUGCACUAGCAUAAAGCUUUUGCUCAGAAUGACAGCGUAACAGUUCAAGGCAGAAUGGGCGGAAAGAUAUUGCAUAGCUCUUGUGAGUGAUUUGUCUUUGUGUAAGAAGCACAAGACCAAAAUAUAUCUGAAGAAGCCUUCCAGUCGAAUAUGGGAUCACAAGCACUCAAUGGCAAGGGGACAGGAUCGAAGACUUAUUUAAAUCUCGGAUUGGUUGAACGCGGUAAUGGAGUUUCAGAUCCUCCCGAAAUUCUAUCAGUCCUUUCUUCUGUCCUUGAAAGAUCAAUCCAAAAGAACGAGAAAUUAAUGAGGAUUUCAAGAAUGAAAGAUGUGAUUACUAUCUUCCAUGGUUCAAAAGUGCCUGACUUGAGCAUCAGGCAGUAUAUUGAGCGUAUUUUCAAGUACACAAUCUGCAGCCCUUCAUGCUUUGUUGUAGCAUACAUAUAUAUGGAGAGAGUCCUUCAACAGAUGAAUGGAUAUCUAACUUCCCUCAAUGUUCACCGGCUUCUAAUUACUGGAUUUAUGUUAGCUGCAAAAUUCAUCGAUGAUUUGUGUCACAACAAUGCUUAUUAUGCUCAAGUGGGAGGAAUAAGCACAGCAGAGAUUAACAGGAUGGAGAUGAAGUUCUUGGAUAGCCUAGACUUCAGACUACAUGUCACCGUGGAGACUUUUGAUAAGUUCUGUUUGCAGCUAGAGGAGGAAGCUGCGGGAAAGUGCCACAUCCAACGAACAGUUCGCAUCUGGGGACAGAGAAAAGGUUACUAAGCCCGAGAUGAUCGUUAUGCCCCAAUUGUCCCUGUAAACAAUUUUUUUUUUUGUUGAACAGUGUCCCUGUAACAUUUAAAAUGUGUAGAAAUGAAUCUGAAACUUUUCAUUUGUUCAAAUUUUACAGAGAACAUACUGUUAAGAUCUUUGACUUUCCGACAAAACUGG